AUGGCAAAGUUGCCAUCCCAUAACACCACUCAUCAGGGCUCAGAACAGCCUCACCAGACACCAACAACUACAACAACUCCCAGAAACGGCUCGUCAGCAACAACAAGAACAAAGAAGCGGAUCUUCGUGGACCCGAAAGGACAGUCAUUACAAAUCUGCGUCUCUAAAACCGUACCUGAUCGGGAAUCUGUAGAGUCGAGGAUUAGGGAAUAUGGAGGUAUUCCGACUUAUGACGAGAGUAAGGCUGCCAUCAAGCUGGGAGCGCCAGGACGGACUACACAGGAGGUCAUGUUCUCAGUGGAUUGGGUGGACGAUUGUAUAAAGGACCAAAAGCUUGUUGAGCUCGACACAUUCACCUACCGGUUGAAGACCGCUGCCAAGAAUACCCGGAGGCCUUUCUCACGCGAGGAGGAUAGGCUACUCGAGGAAUUUGUUAAGUCCAAUAGGGCAGUGAAUGCCCCUAUCAACGGGAACAAGAUCUACGAGGACUUUGCAGCACAACACACCCAGCACACGGCACACUCUUGGAGAGAGCGCGCGGUCAAUGUUUUGAACCUGACAGGAGAACUAUCACCAUCACCAUACGAGGCGAGCAAGGCAAAGCGGGAGGAAGCCAGGAGGCAGAUGCAGGAAAAGCUGGCGACCGACAGAAAGUUGCUAGAGACUGAGCAGAAGAAACUUCUCGAGAUCCAAGAGCUACGACAACAACAACAGAAGGUGGUGCAACCUACACUGACCGGAAACGCACACAUCACUAUUGAAGUCAUCGAGAGCGAUUCGGAAGAAGAGAAAGAUGACACGAUGGAGGAACUGGAACCGUCGACUCAUCAGUUCUUUACGCAGCAGUUUCCAUCUUCCCAGCGGUCAAUACUGGAUUUAUCUGACAUUGCGUCGACUGAUUCUGAGGAUCGAAGCCACAGGACCGUGAGGGACGAGAUUGUUCGUCGUCGCAGCCAUCCAGGCACCCAGACGAGCACCGCGUCUCAGUUGCCCAAGUUUUCAGCUACGCAAGCAGUGGACAUGGAGAUUACGUCAAGUCAAAAUGUUCUGCUCGAUGCAGCUUCAUCUUCGUCGCCUUCAUCGCCAGCACGAUCACCAACAAAACGAACACUCGAGUCGAGAGACGCUACUCCAGCUUCCAACAAGGGCCUCCAGCAGGAUCAGGAUAGGAGCUACGGUGUUCCUUCCGGUAGCAACUACAGCAACCCCGUCAUACAUAAUGGAAAUAGCCCUAUGAGCACGGAUAUCCUCAACAUUACCGCCGACCAACACAACCAUCCUAGUGAUGCAGACGAAAGCGACGUUUCUGAGCCAAGGUGGCCCCAGCCAUUACCUCAUGCAAGGAAAUCGGUCAAGGCAGAUAGGGCCCGACCUGCGACACUAUCUCCGGUUUCCAAGAGGAUAACAUCGCCGGGUUCACUUCAAGACCCAGCGCUGAAGUGGAAUUCAAGGAGGUCCCUGCCUAACAGGAGUUGGAAUCAGACUGCCCAUCCAGACGAGCGGAAACAGGCAGGAGCACCCAUACAGGACGAUUUGGUUGCUGUACAGGGAUCGCCCACCUCACUUACCUCGCCAUCGCUACCAACCUGGAGAAACUCGCCCCAAGCACAUCUCUCGAUACCCAAUACUCUUCCAGUCCCCAACCAAGAUGUGUUUACUUCAGCGAGUCAAAAGGGUGCGCCUAACACGUACGCCUUGGACAGUGCAGCUGUUGUAGACAAUACACCACCCCCGGCGACGGUCAAAGACGCACACACCGAACCCGCCAUCGAGGAUCCGCAAAGCAGUUCGGCUGUAGAGGACAUUCGGGAUGAGGCUGUGUUGGACGAUUGGAAGGACGGUUGGCAAGACGAGCUGGUAUUGGAUGAUAUCCACGACGAUCAUACAGAGCAGGAUCGAGUGGAUGGGUCAGACACGGCAGGAUCGCACGAUGACGCAGAUGUGCCUGGGCACGAUUACAACAGUGACUUGACGGACGAGGACGACAAGACUAUUGAGCAGAGGAUUAUGAGGAAGAAGCAGCACCGACUGUUGUCUCCACCUGAACCCCGAGGGCAGAAACCCUCGUCACCCAUUCCAACCCCUGCAGGCAACCUUGAAUCCGAGGCGCAGGAAGAGCGGGAGUUGGAAAACGACCAAUCAACAUACAAGCUUCCCGCCAAGCUGCUCCUAUCUGGUGCUACUUCCAAACGACACCAGAAGCAGAUGUCCCAGACUAUCUGGAGUGGAGGAAUGUCGUUCCAAUUCAAGAAGCGGUCUGCUUUCAGUCCUGGUCUAGAGGGAGGUGUGAGUGCCGCCAACUCGAUCCCAGUGUCCAGGGAGGGCUCGGUCCCAGCGACUGAUGGCGAAGUGUCACAUAAUGAAGUGGAGGCCGAUCGGCUAUCGUUUUCACGCAAGGGUCAGGAGGCGCAUCCUAGGCACCCAGGAGCAUCGGAGCCUCGGGGGGAUGACUUUAACGUCCAGGUCAAAGUGACGGAGACCCUGACUGUUACCGAGUCGACUGAGACGGUUAUUACCGAAGGAGUCGGCGCGCUCCUCACGGUAAAGGGCGAGCCGGAGGACAAUCUUGAUGUUGGAGAUCCAGAGGAGGUAGAGGAGCAAGAGGAGGAGCAACUAGGCGAGGCUGACCAACGGACGAGCGACACAGCUCAAGAUAUCCAGGAAGAAGCCCAUGUCUCAUCCAGCCCUGCACCACCGUCUGAUACUCCUAAAUCAGUGUUCGAACAAGUUGCAAUUGAGGCAUCAGCACUCUCGUCGGGAACAGAGUACAAGGAUGUGAUGUUGGACUACUACUCGGGAGAAGGGGGGGAUGAAUCAUCGGAAAGGCGAAAGGAGCGGGAGCAGCUGUUGUUGUACCUGCGCGAUCUCUACCGUAAAGAGAUCCGGACAUUAAUGCUGCAUGAGCUUGUACCAGCGUUGAGGUCGAUCGAUGUUCUGGAUGCCUGUAGUGGAGACCUUGAGCUGGCUCAGAUUCUUAUCAGCAAGGGCAUGACCGAGGAUAUCGAGGACCGGUUUUGGACGCGAGAAGAUGAUUACAAGUUGUAUUCGCGCAAGAACGAGGAUGUGGAAAGUUUGCUUGGGAAGCAUUCUGCGAUAGAGGUGGUUCAUAGGAUAACGUACUUGACCAAGACCCGACAGGCUUCCAGGCAGUUUGAGGUGGCCCACGAUGCGAUGGAGAAGUCGGGGUUGUUGAAGCGUGCACGAGGUCGGUUUGGUGGACGAGGAGAGUCCAAGAAACAACGGGUUGUUGACGGAGACCAGUGA